CAUGAAUCCCUUCGUCUCAGCUUAAGCUUCUGUUCUCACUCUCUUCUCUUUUCUUGGUUGAACAUGGCUGAAGCGUCGAUUGUCAGCGCCACUGCCGCCGCGCCGCAGCUGAGCCAGCCGAGCAGUGAUCCGACCGCCGUGCUCGCCUCCGGACUGUUCCAGCUGCUGCUGCCCGUUGUCGAGCAGCUCGAGUCCAGCGUCGACGGCGUCCAGACUGCCCAGACCGCGCUCAAGACGAACAUUGAAUCGCUCAUGACUGAGCUGCGGCAGUUCAACGAGGUCAAUGCAGCCACCCAACCAGUCAAUCUCGACGUUUACAUCAAGAAGCUCAUCACUGCGCGGCGACGAGUGACCACAGUGAGCAACACGCUGGGCGAGACACAAGCUCGCAUCCAGCGGCUGCAGCAAUCUAUUGCAAAGGAGCAAAAGCGCAAGAAGGAGACGCUCGACGCAGUCACCAUCCAAGCCGCUGCUGCCGCUGCCACAGGUCAAACCAAGGGCUUUACUGCUCCUGCGACCCAGCAGCAACCCGAAUCCUCGUCCGUGCCACCCUCGCCGAUGCAAGGGAUGGCAUCCCCAUGACCCGUCGGCCGUGGGAAUGAUUGAGAUUUCAAUGUGUGCAGUCGUUGCUCGUUCAACGUGUGUAAUGUUCCUUUUUGGUUUCCGUUGGAUGUCUUACUUGUUGCAAGAGGAUGCCGCAAUACAGGACAAUUCCGAGGACGCGUUCAGGAGCAUGCAAUAACAGGAGGAUUUAUGGAAAAAGAAAACAAAACAAC